AUGGGGAUUCUUUUUAAGUUAAAUAAAAGUGUUUAUUCAAAUUGUAAAUCUUAUGUUUAUAAGAGUGGAGGCAAUUCACUCCUUGACAAUCUUUUUGAUGCUUUCUGGAAUAUAUGUGUCAAAUUCGUACCAAAGUCUAUAACACCAAACCUCUUAACAUUAUUAGGAUUCUUAUGUUCAACAAUUGCAUUUAUUCUUACAUUUGUUUUUGAUACUCAAAAUAAAAAGUAUGAUUAUAUCUACAUUUAUGCAGGAAUCUUUUUAUUCCUAUAUCAGACAUUUGAUGCUGUUGAUGGCAAACAAGCUAGAAGAACAAAUACCAGUUCUCCUUUGGGACAAUUAUUUGAUCAUGGAUGUGAUGCAAUAACAACAUCUUUCUUUGUUUUCAUUGCUUGCAAGGCAGCUGGGUUCCCAAAAUCUUUGAUCUAUUACAUUCUAUUAGCAAUUGUUCAAAUCCAAGGAUACAUGUUUUCAUGGAUGGAAUAUCACACAAAAGUAUUUAACACAUCUGUAGGAAAAAUCGGAACCACUGAAUCUCACGUUUUAGUUAUAACAAUGUGUAUUCUUAGAGGACUUAAAGGAGCAGCCAUAUUCCAAAGAACCACAUUGAGAGAUGUCUUACCAAAGAGCUUAACCUCCGUUUUAUGCAAAUGUGUCUUAAGCGUAAGCAUGAACUAUGUUAUUUUAAUCCCAGUUCUCUUCUUUACUAUCCUUUCCAUCUCAAGAUGUACCUAUAUAGGAAUGCAAAAUGUUAAGAAAAAGAAAAGCGACGCCAUCAUGCAAUUAGCCGUUGUUUACGUUUUCAGCUUAAUGCAAUACUAUUUCUACUACACAAAUGUAACACCAAAAACUGAAUUAAUCUGCUUUUCCAUAAUAGCCUUAUACUCAUGCUUUUACAAUUUAUUUAUUAACUUAUCAACAAUAUUAAAGAUUAAAAUGGAUUUGAUCCCCAUCCCAGUUAUAUUUUACUAUCUCUCCAUUUUCUUAAUCUUUUUAAAACGCAACACAAAAUACAAGUUCUUAAAACACCCACUUCUUAAAGAUAAUUAUAUUUUAUAUUAUAUGUUUUUCUUUGGUGCUAUAUACUUACUUGAUUAUGCCCAUACAAUCAUAACCAAUAUUUGCAAGGAAUUAAAUAUUACUUUUAUCCUUAACAAAAAAUACAAGAAGAAAUAA